UCUAGCGUUCCCCCAUUGACUGAGCAACCAACUUCGCGUUUACGGGACUUUGGUUACAUAAAAUGGGGUUCGUUCAAUGUUGUCCUGCACACUGAUUUCGUGAAAUUUGUGAAUAAAGUAACUAUGGAAAGACUAUGGAAAGAAGCUCCUAAAAAAAGUGGAUAAAGACGUGGUUUGAACACGGGAGGUGGAAUAGAAUAUAGAAGAUACAGGUUAAUUCCGGCUGCCCCAUCUGUGUGCCAGAAGAACGCAGAGAGAGAGAGAUUGGACAUUCUGGAACCCCCAGCGGGACGGUCUCGUUUUCAGCCACCGAGCUUCCAAAAGUCCCAAAGCCCUGAGGAUCAAGAUCAACAAACUGAUGCAGACUUCUUCAACUUUUCAUAAAAGGCCUUCAAAUGAUGGUGGCAAACCGGGAGACGGAGGGAGGGAGAGAGAGGGAGUCAGGCUGCUGACGUCUCAUGUGGUAGAUAUUAAAAUAAAGCGGGUGGUAAUGGGAAACAGGGCGUAGAGGCUGCUGGCUGUCUUGUCCUGCCCUGUAACCGAGCAGAGCCCCAAUGCCAGUGGACAUGCAGCCACAUCAGAGGCUGUAUCAUUAUGAGUCUACACCCAACCAGCCGCCCAGAGGUCUUACUCCAUCAGGAAGGUCACCCUACAGUGAUGUGUCAUCGCUCCGUGCUCCACUCCACAACGGCCAGCCUCUGGACUGCAGGAACAUGUACAACCCUAUGACCCCUAACCCCAUGACCCCUAAUCCCAGGACCAACCCUAACUCUGGGGUCAACCCCAUGGACCAGUAUAUGCGGCCCCCUCUGGCACCCCCACUGCACAGCAUGAUGGGACACCGUGGCAUGAAUCAGUUCUCCGAUGGUGGAAACAGCUCCCCCUACUGUCAGAACAACCUCAUGUCAUCCCACUAUGGCUUCCCCCACGGCCACGGAUCAGACCACAUGGGAGGCAGUUCGCGGUUCUCCACGCCUCGCUCCAUGCUGAAGCUGAGUAAGAAGCGUGCUCUGUCCAUCUCUCCUCUGUCGGACGCCAGCAUGGACCUCCACACGGUCAUCAGGACCUCUCCUAACUCACUGGUGGCAUUUGUCAACUCACGAUGUGGACCAAAUGGAGGCUCCUCCUAUGGACAUCUGUCUGUUGGUGCUAUGAGUCCGUCUAUGGGUCUCUCCAACUCCAUGAACUACCAGUCCAGACAACAAGGCUCAAUGUACGGUGGACACACCCCGGGACCCUGCCACGCCCCUCCCACCAGAAUACCCCCACACAACCCCCGACUCCACCCACCCAAACAUGGACAUCUGAAGACAGAACCCGGACUGGGCAAUGUGAUGGAUGGGAUCAAUAUUAAGUGUCUGGAGGAGAGAUCCGAGGGAGACAGCCCUUCUUCCACUGGCACACAGGAUCCUCUGCUGGGUCUGCUGGACUGCCGGGAGGAUCUGGAUAGGGAGGAGAAACCGGAGCCAGAGGUCAUCUAUGAGACCAACUGCCACUGGGAGAGCUGCAGCAAGGAGUUUGACACGCAGGAGCAGCUAGUGCACCACAUCAACAAUGAGCACAUCCACGGAGAGAAGAAGGAGUUUGUGUGCCACUGGCAGGAGUGUUCCAGGGAGCAGAGACCAUUCAAAGCCCAGUACAUGCUGGUGGUUCACAUGCGUAGGCACACAGGAGAGAAACCACAUAAGUGUACUUUUGAGGGCUGUAAUAAGGCCUACUCUCGCCUGGAGAACCUGAAGACCCACCUGAGGUCUCAUACGGGGGAGAAACCAUACGUCUGUGAACAUGAGGGCUGCAACAAAGCCUUCUCCAACGCCUCAGACAGAGCCAAGCACCAGAACCGUACACACUCCAACGAGAAGCCUUACGUGUGUAAGAUCUCUGGGUGUACUAAGCGCUACACAGACCCCAGCUCUCUGCGGAAGCACGUGAAGACUGUCCACGGCCCUGAGGCUCACAUCACCAAGAAGCAUAGAGGAGACACUGGGCCUCGGCAGCCAGGCUCAUCACUGACACCUGGUGGACAACGUGGUGAACUGCUGCUGGAGAAAGAAGAGGCUGGACACAGGGACGACUGCAAACUGCUGGCACCUGAGAGCACUCUGAAGUCUCAGCCCAGCCCGGGUGGCCAGUCUUCCUGCAGUAGCGAGCGCUCUCCACUGGGGAGCGCCAACAACAACGACAGCGGUGUGGAGAUGAACCUGAAUGCAGCUGGCAGUCUGGAGGACCUGACCGCUCUGGAGGACGGAGGGGCAGGAGGAGGCUGCGAGGCGGGGUGCUCAGGGGCAGGGAUGGGGGGCAUGUCAGCACAUGCCCUGAAGAGACUAGAGAACCUGAAGAUAGAGAAGCUGAAACAGGUCAGAAGACCAACUCCGCCCGGAUGCUGUGGUGUGGGGAACAAGCUGCCUGCACUCACAGGUGGUCCAGGGGAGAUGAUGGGAGGGAUGUGUUCUCCCUCGCCCCUCCUCUCCAACCGCCGAGUCAUGGAACUGUCCAAUCACGAGCUGGGGGGUGGAUCCUCUGGCAUGGUCUGUCCUAUCAGUGACCGGAGGGGGAGUGGCACCAGCAGCAUGAGCUCGGCCUACACAGUGAGCCGUCGUUCUUCCAUGGUUUCCCCCUACCUCUCCAGCCGACGCUCCAGCGAGGUCUCCCAGCUAGGAGGAGGGGGAGCUGGGGGAGGAGGAGGAGGAGCAGGGUUCCUGGGAUCUGACCAGGGAGGAGGUGACCCCCUCCCCUCUGAGACCAGCUGCAGAGGAGGACCCUUCCGUGGUGUAGGAGGGGCAGGAGGAGGGUUACCAGAGAUGUCUAGUCUAACGCCAGCCCAGCAGUACAGCCUGAAGGCUAAGUACGCAGCAGCCACUGACGGCCCACCCCCCACCCCACUACCCAGUAUGGAGCAGGGACCGGGAACAGCCAGGAGGAGAGGAGCCUUCCUCAGCGAGUACCAGGGUCAGCCGCUGCCAGCGUUCCUGCAGUAUGGCGGUCCCAGGAGACAAAGUGCCAACACGGGAGAGUAUGGCACUGGGGUCAUCUACCCCCACCAAGCCCCAGGGAAUGUCACUCGGCGCUCCAGUGACCCCGUCCGCUCCACUGACCCCCAUGCCCUUCCCAAGGUGCAACGCUUCAAUAGCCUGAACAACUUGGCCAUGAUGGGCCGGAGGAACGCCCUGCAGCAUUGCGGGUCAGACGCCAACAUCAGCCGCCAUAUGUUAUCCCCGCGGCCACCCAGCAUCACAGAGAACGUCAUGAUGGAGGCCAUGGCCAUGGACUCCCAUGGUGGAACCGUGGAUGCCAGGGACCAUGGCAUGAUGCUUCCCCCAGGAGAGAGAGGCUUCCUGGGCUACCAGAACCACCACAUGGGGGGUCUCUCCAGCCAGUUAUCACCCAGCCACGACAGCUUGGGCUGCCCAGAGCAGGGCUAUCAGCGAGCGACAGAGAUGUCCAUGCAGGGUGGGCACUACCAGGGUACUACCAGGGGACCAGGCCAGGGCCAGAUGGAGCCAGGGGGACCCAUCCACUCAGAGGGGAUGUCCAACACCUUGCUACAGCAGGCUGAGUACAGCAUGAGUACCUGCCAGCUCAGCCCCUCUGAACCACACUACCCCUGCCUGGGACAGGGAGGGCCCGAUGGAGGUGCAGGGCCCUGGGAGGAGAGCAGUCAGGUCCAGACCCCUCAUGGAGCUCUCCAGACAGGGAUGCAGUACCAGGGCCAGGGCUCUAUACAGGGCCAAGUCCAGACACAGGGUCUCUACAGCAGCCAGCAGAGUCUGUACACUCAAGGCCCAGAUGGAGGCCACCAGAAUCUGAACAUCAAACCAGAGCAGCAGCAGUAUCAUCCAGCCCUUGCCAACCCAGACGCCUGCCAAAAGCAGCACCAACACCAACAACAGCAGAGGCCCCACCCAGGGCAGACACCCAUGCCCAUGGGACCCAUGUCCCCUCAGAGUUACCCCCAGCCGGGGCAACCUGGCCAAGGCAUGAUGAGGACUAUUAACCCCUCCUGUAACUUCCAUGGUGGAGGGAUGGAGAACCAGAUCCAGGCCUCCAUGCAGCAGGGACAGCAGCAAAGCGGGGGCCUCAGCGUGGGGUCGGCUGGUCUGGGGCCUGGGGGCCGGUCUCAGACACCAAUGAUACAGGUGAAGGAGAUGAUGGUGAGGAACUAUGUGCAGUCGCAGCAGGCACUGCUGUGGGGUCAGGAGCAGGACCAGAGGGGGAUAGCAGCAGAGGGAAAACCCCUUCCUUUGUCAGACAGCAUGGACAUGACAGGACAACAGGUGGCCAUGAUGCAUCAGCAGCCUAGUCCCCAGCAACAACACCAACACCAGCCCCAGCAACAACACCAACACCAGCCCCAGCAACAACAUCAACACCAGCCCCAGCAACAACACCAGCCCCAGCAACAACACCAACACCAGCCCCAGCAACAACACCAACACCAACACCAGCCCCAGCAACAACACCAACAAAGCCUCUACCCCAAGCCAGACUCCAGCUUCCCAGGAUAUUCCACCAACCAGAACCUGAUGAUCCCCCUAGGCCAUAGCCGAGGAGGCCCCAGCUCCGGCUCCUCCAUCCCCUCUAGCGAGGUCCCCAUGAUGAGCCUGCCUGGAGGGCCAGGGUCCUGCUACAGCCAGGAAAUGGGAGUCCCUGUGGUCCCUAGACCACCCCAGGGCCGGAAGCCUCUCAUCAGGCAGAAUAGCCUCCAGUCCCAGCCAGGAGGAGGGUACCUGGGCAGUCCUCCACACGUCAGCUCAGUCCAGUCUACCUCCAGCCCAAGGAGAGCAGUCCGACUGCCCCCUGUCCAGCGCUCUCAGACCCAUCGGGAGAUCUUCUCUCCCUCCAACAAUAGCAACAUGUAUUACUCGGGCCAGAUCCACAUGCAGCACCCUGACAUGGACAAGCAGCGGAUCCAAAUCCAACGGAUCACCCAUCCUCACCAGGACCCAACCCAGACCGGGCCCUGCCUCAACCAGCACCAGGGGCACCUGGUAACCCAUAUGGACCAUCAGCGGAGCAAGUCUGCCCAGCUGGGCUACCUCCAUGACCAUGGGUCCACCCCCAUCUCCAAUGCUCUGGAGAACGUGGAUCUGGAUAAUGCCCAGAUAGACUUUACCUCCAUCAUUGAUGACCCAGACCCCUCGUCCUUCAGCCCCGUCAAUCCACCUCUCCAUGGGGGUUCAUCCCAGACCUCGUCUCGUCUCACCACCCCACAGACCUCCACCACCCUGCCCUCCUCUGUGCUCCCCAACAUGGCUGUAGGGGACAUGACUUCCAUGCUCACCUCUCUUGCUGAUGAGAACAAGUACCUGAAUACGUUGUCUUAGAACCUGAGCACGCUCAUAAAGUUGACUAGAGGGGCUCAUCUAUCUGACUCAAGAGACUAAGUAACUGAAGAUACUGUCGUAGUACAAGUACCUAGAAUGCCCUAGAGUGGACCCUAGGUUACCACUUAACAUAAAGUUACAGGAAAUGACUGUGGAGAGUAAAGGUACUGAAAAUAUGUCCCCUUUCUCUUGGCCUCACACCGACGUGUUCUGUCCCUGGCCAGGAUGAACAGAUACACAGUAGCUACUCCUUAGAGGACUUUUAACCAAAACAAAGGUGCCUACUGAUCUUGAUCACUGUGUUCUCUUGUCUCACAAGAAGAUGACUGACUUUGGAGUUGCUUUGUACAAUACUGUUGCUCGGUACAAUACUGUUGCUUGGUACAAUACUGUUGCUUGGUACAAUACUGUUGCUUGGUACAAUACUGUUGCUCGGUACAAUACUGUUGCUCGGUACAAUACUGUUGCUCGGUACAAUACUGUUGCUCGGUACAAUACUGUUGCUUGGUACAAUACGGUUGCUCGGUACAAUACUGUUGCUUGACGCAGAACUGUUUGCCUGAAAUGACUGUCAUCACCAUAACGACGUCAUCACCGUAAUGACAUCAUCACCAUAAUGACGGUCAUUUCAGUCAUAGAGGUUCUUUAGGGCAACAGAGAGGGUACUACGAUGUAAAUGAGUUAUACAUGUAUAUGCUGUGUAUAUGACAAUGUUGACAGGGAUGGAACUCUAAUGUCUGUCUCGUGGACUGGAUUCCAAGGCCUCACUCUUCUGGAAUGAGAACGGAGGAAAACAGAGCUGCUCCAAGGAAGAAUGUAAAACGAAAAUGACACACACAUAAUGAUGACACGCACACAUGAUAAUGAUGACACAAGCACAUAGUGAUGACACACACAUAGUGAUGACACACACAUAAUGAUGACACACACACAUAAUGAUGACACGCA